AAUGAUGUUACUGCAUUAUUUGGCAACAAUAGGGUUACUAAUCAUAUGAGUGGUAGUGGCGGUUUAUCUCAUGGUGCUAGUAGUAGCAGCAACUAUAAAGGAAAAAAACCUCAGGUCUUAUGUGAAGUUUGUGGUUUCAAAGGACACACAAAGGAUACCUGUUACAGGAUUGUUGGAUAUCCUGCAGAUUGGAAAGGGAGAAAGAAGGGAGUACCAGCAAACUAUCAGUCCAGCCAUGCAGGUAAUAUUCCCUUUGCCAAUCAUACUAGUGUUCUGACUGCAGGCACAGGGACAAGCAGUCAACACAGCUACUGGCCUCAACAGAUUGGUCAUCAACUACCUCUGCAGCAAUUUCCCACUGAAGGCUACUCACCAAAUCUCCAAAUGCAGUCUCACAACUCCAGAGUUCUUCCUCAGAUGCAGCAGUUUGACCUUCAGCAAAGUAGAGGAGAUUCUCAACUCAUGCAUCAUGUCAGGCCUUACUUCACUCCUGAGCAGUACCAACAGGUUAUUCAAAUGCUGAAUAAGAGUCCUGCUGAUGGCUCCUCCACCAGUACUACCGCAGCAGGACCUCUCCACUGGAUAGGUGAAGGGGAUUGGUAGAGAACACCAAGGUCUAUAUGUGCUACAUGGAGGAUCAGGUCUUCAAACUUGUUCCUCUCCCUCUUAUCCAGCCAGUCACACAGUCACCUCAAUUUCUACGAAUAAUGCUCAUCUUUGGCAUCUUAGAUUGGGUCAUGCUCCGUUAGAAGUGUUAACCAAGCUUGGUGGUCUUCCUCACCUCCCUCAGUCUACUCAGUCCUCUCAUUGCUCUGUGUGCCCAAUAGCCAAACAAGCAAAAUUACCUUUUCCUGUUAGUACUAGUAGGUCUCAAUUUGCUUUUCAAUUACUUCAUUGUGAUGUAUGGGGUCCCUAUAGAGUUCCCACGUAUGAUGAUAAGCGAUACUUUGUUACCUUAGUCGAUGACUACUCUAGAUUUACUUGGUUGUGCUUGUUGCAUUCUAAAUCUGAUACUGUUGUAGUCAUGAAAGCCUUUAUUAAUACAGUUCAAAAUGUUUUCUCUUCUACUAUUAAGACUCUUCUAACUGAUAAUGGCUGUGAGUUUCUAAGUACUUGUUUUCAAGAUAUUUUAAAGGUCUUUGGCAUCCAACAUCAAACCACAUGUGUCUACACUCCCCAGCAAAAUGGAGUGGUUGAAAGGAGGCACAGAACCAUACUUGGUAU